CCCCCGCCGCUCCGGCCGCGCCUGCCCCAGCCAAGGAGGGGCCGGGCCGCAGGGAGCGGAGCAGGGAGGUGGGGAUUCUGGGAGCAGAGCUCAUUUCCUCCUCCCGGCCGCCCCUGGCCCGCACCUCGUCUCCACGUGCGGCGCCCGGGGCGCGCGGCCGAGGGUGAAAAAUUUGGACCUUUUGCUGGAGAGAAGAGAAUGCCUGAAGACUUGGAUGAAAAUAUGGACUACCGACUGAUGUGGGAGGUUCGUGGGAGCAAGGGAGAAGUUCUGUAUAUUUUAGAUGCUACCAACCCGAGACACUCCAACUGGCUUCGCUUUGUUCAUGAGGCACCAUCUCAGGAGCGGAAGAACCUGGCUGCCAUUCAAGAAGGAGAGAAUAUUUUCUACUUGGCAGUUGAUGAUAUUGAAACUGAUACCGAGCUUCUGAUUGGCUACCUGGACAGUGAUGUGGAGACAGGGGAGGAGGAGGAGCAACAAGCUCUGACCAUGACCAAAGAAGGCAAAGUUGACCACUCUAAGGGACAAUCAGCAGCUGCAAGCAAAGGUCGCCUGGGCUGUGAAGAGGACUAUGCCUGUCCACAGUGUGAAUCGAGCUUUUCCAGUGAGGAGAUCCUUAAUGAGCACUGUCAGACCUUGCACCAGAAACCCACGGGGGAGAAAGAGUUCACGUGCGAGAGCUGUGGGAAGAAGUUCCCCGUGAGGCAGGCCUUGCAGAGACAUUUUGAGCAACACCAGAAGGCUGGCCGAGGGGAUGCCAGGUUUGUGUGUAAAGUCGACAGCUGUGGGAAGAGGCUGAAAAGCAAGGAUGCCCUGAAAAGACACCAGGAAAAUGUCCACACUGGUGAUCCUAAGAAAAAGCUCAUAUGCUCAGUGUGCAAUAGAAGGUGCACUUCAUUGUCAAGCCUGCAGGAGCACAGGAAGAUUCAUGAGAUAUUUGAUUGUCAAGAAUGUAUGAAAAAGUUUAUUUCUGCUAAUCAGCUGAAGCGUCACAUGAUCACUCACUCAGAAAAGCGACCUUAUAACUGUGAGAUCUGUAACAAAUCAUUCAAGAGGCUUGAUCAAGUGGGUGCCCACAAAGUAAUCCACAGUGAAGAUAAACCCUAUCAAUGCAAGCUUUGCGGAAAGGGAUUUGCUCACAGAAACGUUUACAAGAACCACAAGAAGACCCACUCUGAGGAGAGGCCAUUUCAAUGUGAUGAAUGUAAAGCCUUGUUCCGUACCCCAUUUUCUCUGCAAAGACACCUGUUAAUCCACAACAGUGAAAGGACGUUCAAGUGUCAUCACUGUGAUGCCACAUUUAAAAGGAAGGACACGUUAAAUGUUCAUGUUCAAGUGGUCCAUGAAAGACACAAGAAGUACCGAUGUGAGCUCUGCAAUAAGGCCUUUGUUACACCAUCAGUGCUCAGAAGUCAUAAGAAAACACACACAGGAGAAAAGGAGAAAGUCUGCCCAUAUUGUGGCCAGAAAUUUGCCAGCAGUGGGACCCUGAGAGUUCACAUCCGGAGCCACACAGGUGAGCGUCCCUAUCAAUGCCCUUAUUGUGAAAAAGGAUUCAGUAAAAAUGAUGGACUGAAGAUGCAUAUUCGUACUCACACCAGGGAGAAGCCAUACCAGUGCUCGGAGUGUAGCAAGGCCUUCAGCCAGAAGCGGGGCCUAGAUGAGCACAAGAGGACACACACAGGAGAAAAGCCUUUUCAGUGUGAUGUUUGUGACUUGGCUUUUAGCCUGAAGAAAAUGCUCAUCCGACAUAAGAUGACUCACAAUCCCAACCGCCCGAUGGCAGAGUGCCAUUUUUGUCAUAAGAAGUUUACAAGGAAUGACUACCUCAAAGUGCAUAUGGACAAUGUCCAUGGUGUAGCGGACAGCUGAUGGUAGCUGUCAAGGACCCAACCAUCAGUGUCCAUGGUGGAGUGGACAGCUGACAGAGGUGUCAAGGACCAAACCAUCAAUGUCCAUGGUGUAGCAGACAGCUGAUGGAGGUGUUGAGGAACCAAACCAUAUGGAAGGGCUUCUAAUACGAAUCCCAGAUUCUUCUCACCUGAUCAGCUUAACAGAAAUAACCACAGGCAAUGCAUUGAUCUCACAGUACUCAUUUGCCUAUCUCUGUAAUUUAUAGAUGGACAUGCAAACAAAAACCUUACUUUUACCAAAAAGAAAUGAAAAUGAAAAAAUAAUACUUUGUAGCUUACAAAAUGCUUUAGGAUAUGUUUGUGUUCUGGCUGAUUAAAAACUAAACACAAA